AUGGCUGGCUUCGACGGCACGGACUAUGGCUGCGACGACGACGAUUCUCCCACUACGGAUGCGACCGGCCCGAAUGCACGGGAAAGGGGUAUAGGCGGUCAGGAAACUGUGCCUGUGGACGGGGAUGGUGCGGUGCAGGAGCUUGACGCUGGUUUUUCUGAUGACGAGUCGGACGAUGAUGAGGGGGAGGAAGUGGUACUUCUGCGGAUGAGUCGGACGGUGAUGAGGGGGGAGAGGUUCCGGCGCCGGCUGUGCCUCAAGGAGGGUCGAUGA